AAAGGAUAUAGAAGUGUGUUGCAUCAGAAAGUUUAGUGCGGAGCUAAUGAGUGUUCUCCAAAGUUUAUUUCAAGUGUGUGCGUGCAGCUAGAAAACCACACAUACCCAUCUACAGUGGAGAAUAAAAAUUAAAGAAGAAACAUCAGAGUCAUUGCAUUCUAACCGGAUGUGCCAUAGUGAUUGCAAACCUUUACUAACCAGCCCCAAAUAAAUACCUCAAAACAUAUGGUCCUUCGAGCCGGAUGCAAUUGCUGUGGAAUUGAUAAAAAUGUCUUCUGACCAAAGGAGUAGAGAAGGAAGGCCUGCUGAUGUGCGUCCUAAACGACAAGUGCGACCACCAGCCUGGUUGAAAGAUUAUGAUGUUUCUCUCCCGCACUAUAAUGAAUCUUCACCUGUUGUUCAAACCACACCUUUCACCACAGAGGAACAGGAGCCUUAUCGUAUUGAGAGGGUAGCCGAGAUGACCCCCCUCACUCAUCACACACUUCGACACUUCGACACUUCUACUGGACUCAGGCAGAGGCCGUUUACCCAUUCUGGCCAGGUGGAACAGAUGUAUAAGAGCACACCUGUACCUCACCACAGUGUAUCAGGGGAUGUAUCCUCAGAGAUAUUGGAGGCUAUUCAACAGCUCAAGAUGGAGAAUCAGAAACUACAGUCUACAGUUUUAGACAUGCAACGAGAUAUGAGAGGUGAUACUGUGGUUCCAUUGCACCAUAGGUCAGUGCCACCAUCACACGAUAAAGCCCCUUCGCAACCAUGGCGGCUACCUCGUGCCAACCUGCCAUACUCAGAGCAGCUAACUGAUAGUUAUAAAAUUCCGCCUCACAGUAAAUCGACAUGGGAUGUUAGUAGAGCCCCUAUACCAGACAAAGAGGAGGAUUGGCCACCCCCACCUCCACCAGUAGCUGAUGAUGUCCCACUUCCUCGAACUCCAGUGAAUAAACCACUACCUCCACCUCCAACAGCAGCCAUCCCAGACUUAGUGGAGGAAUUAACAGCAUGUUUGCGUAGACUAGGCAGGACAUCACACCCACCUUCGAGUCCAGCGACGCCUGAAUACUUUGAACCAGAUGAUGGUUCUUCAGUGGCAUCUGAUGUGCAGAGGUCACAUGACAUUGAUAGACAAUCCAAGUAUCCCCCCAUACCUCCUCAUGUCAGUAUGCAGUAUCACAAGGAGACUGCGGAGGACUUCCACAACCCUCAGCGAGAGAAAUUAUAUCGAGGCCCUAAGCCCACAAUUCCAGAUUUCACCAAAGGGGACCCACGAGAGUUUGCAAGAUUGAAGAUCUCCCUGGAUAAUAUUCUUCCUGAAGAUGCCACAGAGAGAUUUAAAUAUCAGAUCCUCUUAGAUCAUCUCAAAUUCGAGGAUGCCCUUCUGAUAGCAGACUCUUACACAAAUUCAAAGAGACCUUAUUCAGACACCAUGGCUUCCCUGGCAGAACAGUAUGGACAGCCCCACCAGUUAGCUCUAUGCCAUAUUGCUGACCUCAUGGAAGGCUCAAGUAUCCGCAGUCAUGAUACAACUGGAUUUAAGAAGUUCGCACUUAAGGUCAGAGCUCUCGUGGGCAUGCUAGAUCAACUUGGUCAAAGUGGAAAUGUUGAACUCCAGUGUGGCUCACAUGUUACUAGGUUACUAUCCAAGUUACCUCAGGACCUGCGAGCUGAUUUCAAGAGGUACAUGUAUCCCCUGGGAGUCCGCAUCCCCACACUUCUGAACUUUGCAGAGUGGCUGGAAUACGAACUGACAAUUCAAGAAAGUGGUAUUGAGUUUAUUGGAGAAAGAAGGGAACGCCUUGAUCAAAGGAUGGACAGACGUAAGGACGUCAAGUCUAGUAAGACAUUUUCCAUAUUUCACAGCUCGGGCCCUUCCACCACCAAUCCACCUACAGAAGGGUCUGGUCCAAGUGCUUCUAGACCUCAAGACAAGGUAAAGGCAUACUGUCCCUAUUGCUCCAACACCCAACAUUACUUGAAUCAGUGCCAGAACUUUAGUCAGCUUACUAAAGAACAGAAGUGUUACUGGGUAAAAACAAAUAAAAAAUGUUGGCGUUGUGGUCGCACCCACCAAGCAGCACAGUGUCGUCUGAAAACAAUCUGCAAAAUCUGUAAUGGCAGGCAUCUUGAGGCACUCCACGAGCUCAAUGAUAGACCAAUUAGAGAAACCCCUCCUCUUUUGAAUCCCACCAGUGAGGUUCUCUACUUGGAUAGGCAAGCAGGCUGCAGUAAGGUACUGCUGAAAGUCAUCAAAGUGAUUUUACGUAAUGGAAAGCAUGUGCUAGAGACCUUCGCUAUUCUAGAUGAUGGCUCAGAGAGAACAAUUCUCCUUCAGGCUGCUGCUCAGAAACUGAAUCUUCACGGGAAGACAGAGAAUCUGGUACUGAGAACAGUUCGACAGGACAUGAAGGUCAUACAAGGUAAUACAGUUUCCUUCUCAAUAUCUCCUGCUUGUCAGCCUCAGAAGGUCUUUAAGAUCAACAGAGCUUUCACAGCAGAUCAGCUAGGAUUGGCAGAACAUACUUACCCUAUUAAAGUUCUACAAAGCAAGUACAGCCAUCUCAGAGGGCUGCCCAUUCCUGCCCUUGACAAAGCUCAUCCACUCUUGCUAAUUGGCUCUGACUAUCCUCAUUUAAUCACGCCAAUUGCGCCAGUGCUCUUGGGUCCUUCGGGUGGACCAGCAGCAGUGAGAACGAGGUUGGGUUGGACAAUCCAGGGUCCUGCCAAGCUUGUCCAUUAUCAGCUUCAGACUCAACAGUGCCUGAACAUUUCCAUUAUGUCUCCCUCCAAUGAACUGUUCAAAAAUGUGCAGCAACUUUGGCAACUGGAUGUAUUGCCUUACAGGAAUGAGAAGCUUAUCACUAGAUCUAAGCAAGAUCAGGAUGCAAUUAACCUGUUAGAGGCAAAGUCCAAACGGAUUGACAUCAAUGGGAUCCAGCGCUAUGCCACUCCUCUUCUCAGGGUAAAGCACAUGCCAAAACUACAAGCCACAAAGGAAGCGGUAAUGGCCAACCUCCGCAGCACAGAGAAUCGCUUAAUGAGAGACCCUCAAAAGGCAGAAGCUUAUAAUGACGAAAUUAGGAAGCUAGAACAAGCUGGCUAUGCAGUCAAAGUACAAGAGCAGAUACUGAGUGAGACUGAUGAAUCUUGGUUCAUCCCCCAUCAUAUGGUGAGUCACAACGGGAAGAACAGAGUUGUCUUUAACUGCUCAUUCGCCUACAAAGGACAAAACCUAAAUGAUCAACUCCUGCCUGGACCCAAUUUGGGGUCUUCUUUACUUGGUGUACUGCUGAGAUUCAGGGAGCACUCUGUCGCUAUCAGUAGCGACAUAAAGGGCAUGUUUCACCAAACAUUUGUUCCUGUUUCCUCUGGACUGACCACCACAGUCCUAACAUGGCUACAGUCUGACUCCUGUCGCUUUAAGGUUUUUGUGGGCACACGAGUUUCUGAGAUUCAGGAACUAACCAGUGAUUACACCUGGCGUUAUGUUGAUUCUACUAAUAAUCCAGCAGACGACAUCACCCGUGGAAAAACUUUGGUAGAAUUAGGAACAGAUAAUCGGUGGAGACAAGGACCAACAUUCCUCUGGCAGCCACAGGACCACUGGCCCAUUACCCCAGGCCAAGGUAACAUUGAUAGUUGUGAACUGAGGAAAUCUAUCUGCUGCAAUCAUGUAAGUGUCGCUGAAGAUCACUCAUUCCCAGAUCCAAAUCAGUACAACAGUUUUAAAGAUUUAAUUGAAGCAGCUGUACUCUUACGCCAUGGGGUGGCUGGGAAACAGGGAAACCCAACAGCUGAUGACUACAAGUUGGCAGAAACAGAUCUCCUAAGAAAAUCUCAACAAGAUAGCUUCCCUGAAGACUUUGACUGUCUAGCAAUGGGCAGACCAGUACAAUCAUCUAGCCGUUUGAUCACCCUUGCACCUGAAUAUGACCCUGUAUUCCAACUUAUCCGAGUCGGAGGUCGACUCAGCCGCAGUGAACUGCUAGAUCCAGAUACUAUCCACCCAGUGGUUCUAGACCCAGCUCACAAAGUAACACAACUCCUCAUUCAGGAUAUGGACAACCAACUCUGUCACCCAGGUUCUGAACGAGUUUUUGCAGAGCUUCGCCGUCAAUUCUGGAUUCUUCGAGGUAGAUCAGCUGUUAAAAAACAACAACACUCUUGCUUUGAUUGCCAAAAAUGGAGAGCCAAGCCAGUUGUGCCCCUAAUGGCAGACCUACCCCAAGCUAGGCUGCAACUGUUUAAGCCUUCCUUCUUUUCUACUGGUAUGGACUGUUUUGGGCCCUUUACAGUGAAAGUAGGAAGACGCAAUGAAAAGCGUUGGGGCAUCCUUUUCAAGUGCCUCACCACUCGUGCCAUCCACAUAGACCUUCUGCACAGUCUUGAUACGGACUCCUUUCUGAUGGCACUGCGUCGUUUUAUCUCUCGUAGAGGUAAGCCUUCUGAGCUACUUUCAGAUCAAGGCACUAAUUUCAAAGGUGGGGACAGAGAACUCCAGGAAGCCUUUAAAGCUUUGAAUCCUUUGUUGCAAGCACAACUGGCAAAAGAACAAAUUCAGUUUAAAUUCAACCCCCCCAGUAGUCCACACUUUGGAGGAGCUUGGGAACGAGAAAUAAGAUCCAUCAAGUCUGCACUAUAUGCCACUUUGCAAAGUCAAAGCAUGACCGAGGAGGUAUUAAGGACAGUGCUGAUAGAAGUGGAAGGAAUCUUAAACUCCAAACCUCUGGGUUAUGCAUCAACUGAUGUUGCAGACCCCAAUCCCGUCACACCCAAUCUUCUCCUCAUGGGGCGGCCCGAUCCAUCGCUCCCCCAGGCUGUCUACCAUGAAUCAGAACUUUUAAGUCGUCGCAGAUGGAGGCACACACAAGUCCUUGCGGAUCACUUUUGGAGACAAUUCAUCAAGUAUUACCUUCCUAACCUACAGACCCGUUCCAAGUGGCAAAAGGACACUGAUAAUUUACAGCCUGGCAUGAUCGUGAUGAUCCUAGACCCUCAAAUACCCAGAGCUGUCUGGCCAGUAGGACAGAUCAUCAAUGUCUUUCCUGGAGCUGAUGGACGGAUUAGGACAGCAGAGGUGAAAAUAAAGGACAAAGUAUACACCAGACCAGUAGCUCGUCUUAUUAAAUUACCAUCCAUCCAUAACACUGAUAAAGCGGAGAAAAGUCCUUCUACAUAAAGACGAAUUUGACUGUGCAAAUUCGGGGGCGGCUGUUGUAAAGGACUGUGAUAACAAACAAUGGACAGUGAAUGCUAUUGGUGGGCUUUUUAAUUGACAGUUGAAACUACAAAUCAGUACAGCUUUAGCGUCAUCGGAAAGUAGUUCCGCCAAAGGAUAUAGAAGUGUGUUGCAUCAGAAAGUUUAGUGCGGAGCUAAUGAGUGUUCUCCAAAGUUUAUUUCAAGUGUGUGCGUGCAGCUAGAAAACCACACAUACCCAUCUACAGUGGAGAAUAAAAAUUAAAGAAGAAACAUCAGAGUCAUUGCAUUCUAACCGGAUGUGCCAUAGUGAUUGCAAACCUUUACUAACCAGCCCCAAAUAAAUACCUC